AGCAGGUCUGGCAGGGUCAUAAUAAGGCAAGCUGCUGCCGCUCUGGGAGAAACUGAGCAACCUCAGAGGGAAAUUUGGUUUAUUGUGUCGAGAAUUCUUCAUGGCGUCCAGAAAAACGUCCCUUUUUGUUAAAGCGCUGCUGGAUCUAAAUGAAGUCCACUUCUACACGGCUGCCAGAGGGAUCAGAGGAGCCCAGCUCAGCAGACAUCUAAGUUCCUUGAUUGCCAGGAGAAGCAGUCUCCAGCUCUGCCCUGUCAGCCCCCUGAACACACCCAGUCGCAGCUUCAUCAACCUGGCCGCAGCCAUCAGCCCCCGCAGGGUGGAAUACACAGAGUCUCGGACACUGGAGUAUACUCCGGAGCAGAUGUACAAUGUAGUUGCCAAUGUGGAAAAGUACCAAUAUUUUGUUCCUUGGUGUAAAAAGUCCCGGGUGAUUAAAGGACGUAACGGCAACGUCCAGGCAGAACUUGAAAUAGGAUUUCCCCCCAUUACGGAGAGAUACACUUCUGAUGUAACCUUUGAUCCAAAUCGCCAAGUUAGAGCUAUUUGCACUGAGGGGUCCCUGUUCAACCAUCUAGAAACAAUAUGGAGAUUUUCCCCCGGAGCCAAAGACCAGCCAAACUCCUGCCUAGUGGACUUUUUGGUGUCCUUUGAGUUCAAGUCUCUUUUGCACUCUCAGCUGGCCAGUAUGUUCCUUGAUGAAGUGGUGAAACAAAUGGUCGGUGCCUUUGAGUCGCGGGCAGCAGCACUUUACAGGAACCACACCAGUGCAAUAAUAAGAAGGCAGCCGGCUAUAAGCAACUCCCUCUGACCUCUUUUGAAAUGACACAUUCAUUGAGACUUUAUGCUUCCAGCCUGCUGACACUGGAUCUUCUCUUUGCACACUUUUGUCAAGUAACCAUGUUGAUAAUGUUUUAAACUUUAUUUAUAAACCAGAAGUUUUUUGUUUUUUUAAAGCAGUUCUGUAUAUUUUUAUUUAUUUUAUGUAAUGAAAUGUUUUCAACUUGUCAUGGCAAAUUUGGUGUGAAAAUGUUCAAGUUCUUUCAUGUCUUUGCUGGAUUGUCCACCAAGGAUGUGUUAAACAACUAUCAAGGAAAAGUUAAAGUGUGAUUUAUUGGAUUUGUUUAUCUUCAAGUGCGUAUAGUCAUUGCUGAGUUUAUAGGUAAGCAUACCACAAAAUGCUUGGACUUACGGGAAUAUUGCGUAAAUGACCUGUGACCUCAGGGCACUGUUGACCUCUCCCUCCCACAUAUUUAUUCUGACAACAGCAGGGACUUCUAUAGAGAUGGCUCUUGGUUUAACUAGACUCAAUUUAUUCCAAUUAUUGCAUUGUAAUAAUUUUUUUGAUUUAACUAUUGUCUCACUAAAUUUGACCUAAAUAUGGA